ACUUGGCUUACAGACGUGUGAUAGCCAUGGGUCUGCAAACAUCAGGACUGUUCUUUGUCAUCUUCUUGUCUCGUACGUUUGGAAUACAGCUGGAUGGACAUGGGUACACAGGUGUUCUCAUUGCCAUCAACCCAGCUGUCCCUGAAGAACCAAAUGGUCAAGUACUCCUUAUGAGGAUUGAGGAUAUGAUAAAAGAUGCAUCACUCAGUUUAUCCAAAACUGCUGGGAACAGGUUUCAUUUCAAGGAAGUGACCAUAUUAAUUCCUUCAAACUGGAAAACUCAAAAAGAAUACAAAAAGGCCAGGACUGAGAGGUAUGACAAGGCUCAUGUCAUUAUUGAUGAGCCAAACCGUGCAUAUGGAGAUGAGCCCUACACCCUCCAGUAUGGUCAAUGUGGAGAUGAGGGCCAGUACAUUCAUCUCACCCCAAACUUCCUGCUAGACGACAACCUCGUGUAUGGAGAAAGAAAUAAAGUUUUUGUGCAUGAAUGGGCUCAUCUGCGAUGGGGUUUAUAUGACGAGUAUAGUGAUGAACAGCCAUUCUACCUGUCUGGACAGGGGGAAGUUGAGGCAACAAGGUGUAGCAUCAAAAUUACUGGGCAACAGUGUGGCAGAUCUGAAGCUGGAUGUAAAAAUCCUUGUGACACUGACAAAAAAACUGGAUUGCCGACCGGUGACUGUAUAUUUCUACCAGAUACACAUACAUCUGCACAAGAGUCAAUAAUGGCUUAUCCCAGCUUGUAUUCUGUGGUAGAUUUUUGCACAACGGAGACUCAUAAUGCUGAAGCCCCAAACAGACAGAAUCAGAUGUGUGGCAACAGAGCAGCUCUGGAUGUGAUCCUCAACAGCUCUGUGGAUGCUGGAGUUCCAGAACCAUCGGCUCCCUUCCCCACCGUGUACCCAACUAUCUGGAAGGUACAGAGGAGGACCAGGGUUGUGUGCCUCGUCCUGGAUGUGUCAGGAAGCAUGCAAGGGCCAAGGAUAUUGCUUUUACAACAAGCUGCAACGCUGUUUCUUCGAGAAAUCAUUGAGGAUACAGCUAUUGUGGGAAUUGUGAAGUUUCAAAGUAUCGCUUCAAUUCAGAAAAGCCUUACUCUGAUUGAUAGUGAACAAACCAGAGAGACGCUUGUCAAGGCACUUCCAACUACCGCAAGCGGUGGAACACAAAUAUGCCAGGGUAUUAAUAAAGCCCUUGAGGUAGUUAAGGAGGAUGAUCAAAACACAGAAGGAGAUGAGCUCGUUCUUCUAACAGAUGGAGAAGCAAAUGACAACAUGCAACUUUGUUUGGAAACAGUUAAAAGUAGUGGCGCAACUGUGCACACUAUUGCUCUGGGCCCAAAUGCAGACCAGAUACUGCAAGUUAUGGCAAAUAAAACAGGGGGGAUUUUUUAUCAGUCAACAGAUAGCAUUGACUCCAAUGCACUAGUAGAUGCUUUUGCCUCUCUUACAACUUCUGAUGGAAAUUUAACACAACAAGCAAUUCAGCUUGAAAGCUCUGGGAAAACAACACUUGAUUGGUUUAAUGGAACCUUUUCUGUGGACUUGACAGUUGGAAAUGGUACCGUUAUAACCAUUAUCUAUGAAGCAUCCCCUCCCAGAAUAUCCAUCAGAAGUCCAAGUGGAGACAUGUUAAGUGGGUCAGACUUCAGCCAUGAUCGUCCCACAAAGACCCUAUCUUUGAAAAUUGCAGGAACUGCAGAGGUUGGAGAAUGGCACUAUAGUCUACUUAAUGAGGGUAGCACUGCACAGGCGAUGGCAAUCACUGUAACCAGCCGUGCUGCCAGGGCUGAUGUGCCCCCCAUCAUAGUUAAAGCCCACAUGAACCAGAAGUCCUCUGAUGGUAACAAAGCCAUGGUGGUCUUUGCAUCUGUCACUCAGAAGGGAGUGCCUGUUAUAAUGGCAGAUGUCACAGCCACACUUGUGUCUGACAAAGAGGCGAUACAGUUACAGUUGGAAGAUAAAGGCACAGGUGCUGAUGCUGUCAGGCAUGAUGGCAUCUAUUCAAAGUAUUUCACUCAGAUGAAGACAGGCAGGUACAGCCUGAAAGUGAGAGUAAAAAACAAGGGCAAAGCCAGGAUCUCUACACACAGAUACAGUGGAGCACCUUACAUCCCUGGAUAUGUGGUCAAUGGAUUGGUGGUGCUGAAUCCCCCAAAGCCUCCUGUCAAUCAUGAACCAGUAGAAGUGGGGAGCUUCAGCAGGACAGCCACAGGAGAGAGUUUUGUGGUGGAGUUACCCCCAGGAUCUACAGGCCCUCCACCAUUUCCUCCCUGUAAGAUCACAGACCUGAAGGCCAAACUGGAGGGAGACAACGUCACUCUUACCUGGACUGCUCCUGGGGAUAGCUAUGACCAGGGAACAGCCUCUGUUUACCAUAUCCACUGGAGUGAAGACUUGGGGUUGCUGAGAAGGGACUUUAAUGAGACUCCUGCUGUCAACACAUCAGCACUGUCACCGCAAGAGGCUGGCUCCAUUGAGGAAUACUCAUUCAGCUCAUAUUAUUUCAAUAUCACCAACGGCACUAGUGUCUUCUUUGCCAUUGCAGCUGAAAAUGCUAAAUUUGUGCCAUCAGAAAUGUCAAACAUUGCCCGUGUGGUCAAAUAUCAACCCCCGGUACCCCAACAACAAAAGAGCACAAAUGUGAUAGCAAUUGCAGUGAGUGGCACAGUGGCUGCCAUUGUAGUAAUAAUUGCAGUUAUUAUAUAUAUUAAAUAGCUUUCUAGCAAAAUUGUUGCUUAGCUUCACCACAGAGUAUAGCUACUCACAACUGGGAAAUGUUUCCAACCCUAACAUCGUAACAGGUGUAGAUUUUGCGUUACUCUAUUUGCCUUUAAUGUAUAAAUGUACACAUUCUUCUGACUGCAA